GCACCGACAAUGAUGAACCUUGCAUGCGUCUUACAUUCACUUUCAUUAUGGUUAUGAUGAUUUGAUCGUACGAGACUGUGCAUGCUUCUACAUGAUAUUGGAAUUGCUGCCCGCUCGAAGAAUUCGCAUCCUUCCAGUCAAUGAUAAGAAACUGGUCCCACCAUGUUUUCUGCAUUUGUGCGAUUGUGACGUCUUUCCCAUGUGAUUUUGUGGGCUAGAGAUAUCAUUAACGUGAUUGCACCACCAGCUUUGUUCACUUCCUCAUCCCUCGCCUUAGAAUUCUCACACACUCGCACCCCGAUAAGAGCGCGAACUAUCAACGGCAACCUGCCGUGCCUGUUAGGAGCAUGUCGACUAACGUCCGCCGACGUCCGGCACAUCGGACCACCACCCAAGACGACAACAAUUCUACCCACUACAAAGAUGCCGCGACCCUGCCACCGCCAGAUAUCAGCGACAAUGCAGAUGAGAAACCGACAUUGAGCCUGUUCGUUCGGUUAAAGAGGUACCUCAAAAGGCCGCGCGGAAAGCGCCGGCACAGCUUAGUGUUCCUGCUGGGUGGACUGUUUGGGAUAUUCGUUGCGCUGCUCUUUGCGAAUCACAAUGAGGUUAUCAGUUUGGAUGCAUUGAUGGAUCUGAAUCUGGACGCGUUGAUUGAUGUUAUGCCGGCAGGGAUUCUACGGGACGCCAAAGAAUUCACGCAACAUGAGCGCGAUACGGUCAGCUACGACUCGUUCUCUGUCGGGUUAUACUUGCAAUCAGAGGGCAUUAAAGCCAAACACCCCGUCGUGAUGAUCCCCGGCGUUAUUUCAACAGGGCUAGAAAGCUGGGGAACAGACAUAGAAUCGCGGCAAUAUUUCCGCAAGAGACUCUGGGGCAGUUGGAGCAUGAUGCGCGCGCUGGUGAUGGAUAAGGCUGGAUGGAAGAGCCAUAUCAUGCUGGACAAAGAAACCGGUCUCGAUCCUCCUAAGAUCAAAUUGCGUGCCGCUCAGGGGUUCGACGCGACCGAUUUCUUCAUUACGGGGUACUGGAUAUGGAAUAAGAUAUUGGAAAACCUGGCCUCUAUCGGCUACGAUCCCACCAAUGCCUUCUCGGCGGCAUACGACUGGCGGCUUUCGUAUAUCAACCUAGAAAAACGCGACCAGUACUUCAGCCUUAUCAAAUCAUACAUUGAGAUGACGGUCAAAGUUGGCGAAGAGAAGAUCACCUUGGUUUCGCACAGUAUGGGCUCACAGGUCGUCAUGCACUUCUUCAAGUGGGUGGAGAGCGAAGAGCAUGGGAACGGCGGCAAGGACUGGGUCAACCGCCACAUAGACUCCUGGGUCAACAUCAGCGGCUGCAUGCUCGGCGCCGUGAAGGGGUUAACAGCAGUCCUAUCCGGCGAAAUGAGAGACACGGCACAACUCAACUCCUUUGCAGUCUACGGCCUAGAGAGAUUCCUCUCCAAGGAGGAACGCGCCGAUAUCUUCCGCGCCAUGCCGGGCAUCUCGAGCAUGCUCCCCAAGGGCGGCGAUGCGGUAUGGGGCAACGAAACGUGGGCUCCAGACGACCAGCCCGGCAAAUCCACCAGUUUCGGCAACUUUAUCAACUUCCGCGAGGUCAAUUCCUCCUGGACCAGCAAAAACCUGACCAUGGAAAACAGCCUCGCCUACCUCUUCAACCAGUCCGAAGAGUGGUACCGCAACCAAGUCUCCACCAGCUACUCGCAGGGCAUCGCACAUACCCGCGCCGAAGUCGAAGCCAACGAAAACGACCCACGCAAAUGGCUGAAUCCGCUCGAAUCACGACUCCCGCUCGCCCCGGAUAUGAAGAUAUACUGCUUCUACGGGGUCGGUAAACCGACCGAGCGUGCCUACUUUUACCAGGAAGAGCGUGACCCGCUCACCCGCCUCAACGUCUCUAUCGACACCACCGUCACCGAGCCCAACGGUGCCGACCACGGCGUCAUCAUGGGCGAGGGCGACGGCACCGUGAAUCUGCUAAGCAUGGGCUACAUGUGCUCGCACGGCUGGCGGCAUAUCAAGCGGUACAACCCGGCGGGAAUCAAUGUCACCGUGCACGAAAUGCGGCACGAGCCAGACAGUUUCUCGUCGCGCGGCGGACCGAAUACAGCAGACCAUGUGGAUAUUCUCGGAAGAGCAUCGCUGAAUGAUUUGUUACUGCGUGUUGCCGGUGGUAAGGGGGAGCUUAUUGAGGAGAAUUAUGUUUCGAAUAUUAGGGAAUAUGCGAGUCGGGUGAAGAUAUAUGAUGACGAGUAGAUUUUUUUUAAACUUUCUGUCGAUACCAGUUUAUACCAGUGGGCCGUGGUUUGUAUUCAACUGGAGGGCUACAUGUAUUUGGUUUUAUAUAAAUAUUUAAUUGUGAUGACCAAUAUCAGGUACUAGGUCUCCAUACUCUGAGCUUUAAAGAUGGUCUAUCUUCCGUCAAUACAAGGUACA